AUGCUCGUGUACAACCUCAGCAAAGGAUUAAAGGAAACCGCUCAGCCUUGUUUGCGACAAGGAGUCCAUGAAAUUCUUCUCGCUAAUCCAAAUAACGAAAGCAAUUUGGAAAAUUUGUUGUCGUGGCUGGUGUCUCUCAGUUCUAUGUGUUCAUUAAAACCAGACGUGAGUGAAAGGACAACAAAAUUGGAGGAUCUGCCUUACUGUCGCCCUCCAGUGUUUAUUGUAGGAACACAUGCAGAUGAACCACAUCAAGACAUCAAGGAAAUGGAAUUGCAGAUUCAAAGAGAAAUAAGUGGAAAGGACUAUGAAAGUCAUGUUGUCCGUCCGUUCUUUUCAGUCGAUAAUACCCAAGGUUCAUCUGAUGACGGAGUUGUCGCACUUCAGAAACGAAUGAUUGAAGUCUUAAAACAAGAACCAUACAUGGGAGAGGAGGUACCAAUUAGGUAAGUUUUUAGUCAAGAAAAACUCUUGCUCCACAUUAUUUCUUACAGGCGGCCCUUCACCCUACGGUAGUACUAUAACAGUAGUGGGUCACGAUAAAUAAAAUCUACCUCGUUCUAAAGUAGAUAAUAGUUAGUCGUUCCGGCUUAAAAAGACGUUUUAAACGAUUUCCUGCGAGUACAACAACAACAACAACAACAACAAAUUUUAUUGAAAAUUGGAUAUACUAUAACUAAUUACAUUUCUUUCCCACACGCAAAUAGCUUAUGAACCAGUCGAGGCGAGGGGAGCUCAAGACAUAUUACAAGUAAAAGGUUUAUCUAUAGAUGGACUAUAUAAUAACAGUAAAGACACUACUAAAUAAUAAAUAUAAUAAAGUAACAUAAAACAAAGCAAGUACCCAAGGAUUACGAAGAGAGACGGGAGACUUCAUCAUCUUCUGACAGCAAGAAAUUUAGUAGUAAUUCCUUUAUCUUUUUACGAAAAGACGCAUUUUAAUCGAAUGAGGAAUAGAGUUCCAAAUUUCGGAACCGAUUCUCGUGAAAAAGGUAUACACGUUAUCGGUUCCAGAGAACUUAACAUAAAACGAGUCGCUAGAGACAGAUAUUGUUUUCUAGUUAUGAAUCUGACUUGUUUUAACAAAUUGAUUGAGUAUACUAACUGGUGCUGUCUGUCUAUUGAUAUCCUACAAUAAAUAGCUACAAUCUCUGAAAAAAUAGGCUAGGAAGGGGAACGCAAUUCGAUUUGAGAAAGAAGGGUACGGAGAGUUACGACCUUUCUUUGAAAUGUCAAGGCACAGUUUCCCCAACCACAGAUACCAAAAGUUAAGUAGGGGCCAAUUAAUGAGUUGUAAGUAAAACACGAGGCGGGACGAAAUAUCGAAUCUUAGCUAUAAUUCCUAUCGACUUUGUGAUUUUGUGACAGAUAGAUUCUAUGUGAUAUUUCCAUGAAAGAUUUGAAUCAAUCAUUAAGCCAAGAUAUUUUACAUAGUCUUUCAUUUCAAGGCUUGGGUAGGCGUUAGUCAUGGAGUCAAGAAUUCUAAUCCUAGGUAUGAAGGGCAUAUUCUUUUGCCUUGGACGAAAGAUUACAAAGUUUGAUUUCUUCAUGUUCAAAGACAGUUUGUUUGCAUUUAGCCAUUCGUUGACGUUCCCAAGCUCUCGAUUAGCAAGUGAUUCGAGUUCCUUUAAGUUGUUAUUUGCAAGUAUUACUACUGGUAUCGUCAGCAAAUAGAUAAAAGGCAAAUAACGAAUAGGAUUUGUAAAUAUCAUUGAUGUAAAGUAGGCAUAAGAGCGAUCCGAGGACUGAGCCUUGUGGCACGCCGCACAAGGUCGUCUCAGCCUAAGUCACAACGUUAUUGACUUCCGAAGUUUGCUUUCGAUUAGUCAGGUAUGAUCGAACCAGGAGUUGAUUACACCUCUAAUACCAUAAUUUUCAAGUUUAGCUAACAAAAUCUCAUGGUUAACAGUAUUAAAAGUCUUCUUGAGAUCGAUGAAAACACCGCGCGAAAAUUUACCGUUGUCCAUAUUUUGGAGAACAGUGUUAACAAUGUCAAGUAUAGCAUAAUUAGUACUUUGCUUACUGCAAAAGCCUUAUUGCUGAUCUUAGAGAAUGUUGCAAUCUUUGACAAACGUAGUAAGUCUGGAGUUCAUAAGUUUUUCAAAUAUCCUGUCAUAAAUCGAGAGCAGUGAUGUAGGCCGGUAGUUUUCGGGCAGAGUGUCAUCUUCGUCCUUAAAUACUGGAAUAAUCUUAGCACACUUUAGUUUAGAUGGAAAAAUCCCUAAGCAAAUAGAUUGUUUAAAAAUCGUGGCUAGCGGUACGAAAAUGAUCCUUUUUGCCAAUUAGGAGAUGAGUAGACUCCAUGGGCCUUGUUGUCUUGCAAAAUUGAAAGAGUGCGGCAACUGAAUCUAAAUCCGGGAAAAAUGGAGAUCUAUGCAGGACAGACUAAGACAGCAUGAAUAGGAUACCAGGAUGCGAUUCAUCCGUACUCAGACCUUCAACAUAGCUGAAAGCGCUCACCAAAAAACGGCCGUUUUUAGAUAUUGCGCCCUCUCCAAAAUCUGAACGUCUGGAACAGGCUGGUUUAUAGUGCGUUUUCACUCACGUGGCCAGCGUUUAUGCAAAUUUAUUGGCACAAACGAAAGCGAAAGCAUACGAAAAGAGUUCAGCUUCCACAGAAGUGGUUUGGCACAUCAACAUGGCAGCCGUUUCAUUGUUUAGAAACACCAGUAUGGACGCCGUGACGUCAUGCAAAAUCUUCAGCUCUAACCGCCUCGUUUAGGAUAGGGUGGAAAACCGCUUAGCUUAUGUUAUACAAUAUAAUAACUUGGUCAUCACCUGCUAAUCUAUCAGAGUACGGAAGAAGUUGACGUCACGAAGAAUAUAUUUUCAGGUCUCAUCCAGCAGUUCCAGCACACUUAUGAAUAUGCCGAGGUGACAUUCGGAUUUAUGCCGAGCGCUGGAAAGGACACGCAAGGUCUAAUUUUUGCACCAGAUACACUCGCAACUUUUAUUGAUACUUAAACUGACACUUAAUCCUUUCGCUAGUAAGUCCUCGUUUAUUAUACGCAGCGAAUAUUGAAUAAUGAAUAAGGGAAAAAACGUGUUGUAAAUGGCGGCAAAACCCGUUUCCUUAAAUACCAGCGAUUAUACGGUGCCGCGAUAUCCAUUUUGCACCUAGCCUGCGAACAAAGCCGUCUCUUAUCGCUCCUCAGCGCGGCUGGGGACGUUUCUUAAGAGAGAAACGAAACGUCCAUAGCGGCGAUUUCAGUGAGAAGAGAAGGCUUUAUUCGCAGGCUAAUUUGCACUGGUUUUGAGGAUUAGAUUUCAAGUUUGUGUCAACUGGUAUAACUGUAUUUUAUUUGCUUAAUUUAGUAGAAGAGAUCAAUCUUUAAGUGAUGCUUAAACUUCGUCUUUAAGCUUUUGUUUUUUUCUAUUUUUUUUACCAGAUGGUUUAAUUUCGAGAAGGUUGUCCAAGCUUUGAUUGCUGAAAAGGUACAUUAUUUAAACCUCGAACAACUUCAAGGUAUUAUCCAGAAAGUUUGCUUUAUUGAAGACGAAGAUGAGGUCGCCACUUUGUUGGAUUUCUAUCAUGACCUCGGCAUGAUUGUCAGACAACGCAACACAGUUGUGCUUCGGGCUCAGUGGCUCAUUGAGGUCAUCAGGCAACUUAUAACCAUUCGUUCUUUUAACGAAAUGGUAAGUGAAGCACAUUCAAGUGUAUAAGUGCCCUCCACGGAGAACACCAUCCCACCCUGUUAUAAAUUCUCUGCAUCACCAUUGCCGCAGAAAAACUGUGGCGGAUUCAUUUACCUUAAUGAUGAUUAUCAUGUUUUGAUAAUAUCACACCCACUAAGACCAACUCGGCGUUUUCGUGAUGGAUUUUCUUUGUUGAUAUGUGCAGUCAUAAAACUGGCUAAAUAUUAGGGAACCCUAGCAGGGACAAUUAAAUGUUUGUAUUUAGCAAAGCUGCAGACAACAUAUCCGAAACAUAACUUCAUUGCAGUUUAGUGAUUUUAUGUGACAUACGAGUUUUAGCUUACCUAUACGACAAAACUUCUUAUUUAUGACGUCAACUUUAUUAAUGUGUUUCAGCGGAAAAAGUGUAUUUACUUCACAAAAAAACUAAAACAAACAAACAAGUAAACAAAAGCCCUUGUGAUAUUCCUUCGCCGACCUGCCUCGACCAGUGAUUUUAGUCAUCUGCUUCCAACCAUCCCGUAAUAGUUUGGAAGCUUCGGAUCAUAUACAUUUAUUAAUGCAUCAUGUUAGUACGUUAUCUGAAGCUUUUUAUUACCUCUCAAACUAUUAUGGGAUUGUACUUUCGAAGCCCUCCUCUUAAAGUUCUUUAGGAACUUACUUCACCGCCAAAUGUUUUUCCUGAUCCAGACUGAUUGUUUUAAUACUAGUUUUCUUUUUCAACCAUGUACUUUAUUUAAAUCCUUUUAUAUUUCUUCUGUUGUAGUACCUGAAAAAAAAAAAAAAAGAUCCUGAGUUUGUUCAGUAAUAAAUUUGACGUUCUGAAGAAUUGCCUUCUUUCGGUUUUGUUAUAGGAACCGAAACAUUCCAAGUUUUGGAAGGAAAUGGAGACGACAGGUGCCCUCCACAUGGAGUUGGUUGAUCAUGUGUUCUCCAUGCACUGCCAGCAGCAAGGCCUGAUCAAGGAGGAUAUCCUGAACAUGAUGGAGCAGUUCGGAUUGAUCGUCAAAUUUGCCACCUCGCCAACAAAUGAAAUGUACUUUGUACCCUGUCAACUGAAGACGCCACCUGACGCCCUUUGUGACAUGGAGCCAUCACCGUCAGAUCCAUGUCCAUUGUACCUGCAUUUUCUGGGGGGUUUUGUUCCUCACGGUUUCUUCUGGCAGCUUGUGUCACGAAUCACCAAAUGGUGCUCUAAGAGUGGAUUUACGCAGCCACCCAGAUUUUUUCUUGCGGCCUCCAGGUUUGUCAUAGAGAAGAAGUCAAUUUAUCAGCUGAUUCUUUUGUGCAAAAAGCGAUUCAUUAAGAUCAUCUUGACGCAUUCAGAGCCAGCCGGCGGAGCAUCAUUUUCCGAGGUAAGAGAAUUGGCGAUUCUUGUGCGAACGUUCUUGGAAGAAAAAGUACAGGACUUUAGACGUGAACUCCCCUGGUUGGGCAAAUUGAAGUAUGAUUUUUGUGUUGUGUGUCCUGGCUGUCUGCGGAAGGAAGAAAUGUGUUCUUAUCACGAUGUUGUUUCAUGUCACCACGAGGACUGCCUGUGCCUUCUUAAGGUUCUCGAAGAAGGGCAACUCAGCCAUUGUCCAAGUAACGUAGACGUUAAAGUCCCGACGGUUUUCGGGCUGGAAAAAUGGUUUGCAGCCAAAGGUUAGAUAACUUGAUACUUAAUGGUAAAUUUACAAGUGUAGGAAAAAGAAAUCAGCCCUUAUAGUUAUUUCAGACGAAAGUAAUAUUCACCAACGAUAAAAUUGGUGAAAUUAUUAAUAUUUACUUCAAAGUAACUUCACUUGCCAACCAGACACUACACUUUUGCUAGUUUAGGGAAAAGUUUUUGGGCCAGGCAUCGACCAGUCGUGUUAGAGGAUAAACAACGACUAGAAACUAAAAGUGCUCGUUAAUUGGUCGCAACUGACGGGGCGGUCGUAUUUAAAGGUUAAAAGGUAAAGAGUCCUUUAAUAUUUUAAUUUGGUAGCUCGAAAUUAUUCAUUGCAACUGACUGACAAAAACUUGGGACCGACGGUGCGCUCACUUUGCCCUCUUCCCCCUCUCUCCAUCAAUGCUCCGUUUUACGGGUAUUUAAAGCUACUUAAAGCCACACAGAAAGGAAAGAAGUCGAAAGAAGGAUUUGUGGUCACACCUGGGAAUCGAACUCGGGACUUCCCCCACAGAAGGCUGUGCACCAACUGCGCUUAUCCUCUCACCUUCCUCGUAUUUACCAAGGCGACGUCAAAGAUUAAGGGAAUGGCUACCUGGACUUUUAGUUUGGGCCAAAAAAGGGGUUGAUAUAACGGGACGCCUAUUCGCUUCUUUGUUAAUAUUUUACCCUAUAAUCCUUAUGAAUAGGUAUGCUAACAUUUUACAAUUCUCUUUAAAAUGGCCGAUGGACAUCAUUUCUUUUUAUUGCUAACUGCUAUAGUCCAACGUAGUACAGUUUUUGUUUAUACAUAUCUAUUUUACAGUCAGGUCAGGAAUAGACAGCACAGACAUUUUAAUCGUUGUAACUUUCUCUUUUUUUGCCGCACAGUUGUCUGUCCAGGUUAUCACCCUGGUACGGAUGAUGUUUACAACAUGACAGCUCGACCAAGGGGAAUAACGCUGAUCAUUAAUAACGCAUCUUUUGCUCAUCAUGCUAAACAUGGACAACAGUCACCUCGUCACGGGUCGAAAGAAGAUGUUCGUCAAGUUGAAGCGUUGUUUACUGCUCUCGAUUUUUCAGUACGAACGAAAGAGAACCUUUCAAGACUACAACUCUUAGACGAACUUUACUACAUCGCCCGUGAGGAUCACAGUGCUUAUGAUUGUUUUGUGCUGUGGCUCAUGAGUCAUGGCAGGAGUGGUGAGGUGUUCUGUUCUGACGGUGACACGAUACCUAUUCAGACUCUUCAUGAUAUGUUCAGCAAUUGCGAUACGCUAAGCGGAAAGCCAAAGCUGUUUUUCAUCCAGGCAUGCAGAGGUGAGGGAGAAGACGAGGGGGUGUCUGUUGCCGCUAAUACCACUAUUUCAUCUUACGAACUGCUUGGUCCCAACCAAGUUGAUUCCCCCAUCGACGCAGUGAAGAAACCUGCAUCCAAAGUACCCACACAUGCAGAUUUUCUGUACGCAUUUUCCACAGUCGAUAAGUAUGUAUCGUACAGGCAUGAGGCUCUUGGAAGCUUCUAUGUUCGCGGCCUAGUUGAGGCAUUACGUGAACGUGCUGUUUAUGACCACCUUCUAGAUAUUUUAACAGUAGUCAACCAGAAAGUCAGUAACAUGGAAGCCAACAUACCAUCGGUGGGGAACAAGAAUGAAAUCAAAGUCUUUAAACAAAUGCCAGAAGUUAAACAUACCUUGCGGAAAAAGGUUCGUUUUUAG